AUGGAUCUCGUCGCAGGUGUUCGGAAAGAGGGCAGCCGUGGCGGCCGCGGUGAUUUCAAAUGGUCCGAUGUCAAAGAUUCCGCGCACCGCGAGAACUAUCUCGGCCACUCGGUAAUGGCCCCUGUCGGACGCUGGCAACAGGGAAAGGAUUUAAUGUGGUAUGCAAAGGGGGACGGUGAUGACGAAGAUCAGGCCAGAAAGGAGCGUGAGGAGAAACAGCGCGUCAAGGAAGCUGAGGAAGAAGCGAUGGCACGAGCUUUAGGUCUUCCUAUACCACCUAAGGCGUCAGACAAUGCCAACUUGAAGAUGGCGAUGAGAAAGAAGGAAAGGGCAUUGGAUAUGGCUCGUCCCGACGCAGCGGCCGUAGUCGAAGCCCCGGGAGGGACCGAAAGCGAGACCGCCCAGGCGACAGAGAUAGGGAUAGGGACAGGGACAGGGAACGAGAGCGCAGGCAUCGCAGGCACGGUGAGGAGCGCGAGCGACGUCAUCGCAGUCAUCGCCACAGAUCUAGAAGUAGGUCGCGUGAUCGUGAUCAUGAUCGCGAUCGCGACCACAGAAGAAGACGCUCGCGAUCACGGUCGAGAAGUAGAGACCGGAGACGUGAUGAUCAUAGGAGGCAGCGAGAGGACCGUCAUCGCACUCACCUGA